CUUGUUGAAGAAUUUGUUUGCCAGUCGCACACCUUCGCCAGCACCUUCUCCAGAACCUUUGUCAGAGGAGGACCUCAUCGCGAUGGAGAGAGAUGGACUUGUCGGGGAUGAAGUAGAAAUGUUUGCGAAGCUCGAGCCACGUGAUGGCCAAGCCGUUGGUUCUCAUCUAGACCCUCCGCGCCUGCCGAUGAGGUUGGACGAUUUUUAUAAGAAUUUCGUGGAUUUCGGUCACGCUCAUCACCUGGAGAAUAAUGUCAAUCCCCAAAGCCAAAACUUCGUCCAGUUUCUUGGUAAAUUUCAGUCCGAGUAUCUCUACCGCACGUUCAACGGCAGGACUCCCAGGUAUAGUGAAUUAGUUGCAGCAUACGGGUUAAAAAAAGUAAUUGGCCGGAACAUCAUGGCAAGGAAGUCGCGUGCAAUCAAAGAAGGCGGACCUAUUUUGGGCGCCAUGGCCAGACGGGUACGCUUUCCCUUUCUCAUAGGUACUUGGGUAAAGUAGCUUGGUUUUUUGCACCGCGCUGAAAACGUUGGUGCGGUAUGUGUCUAAGGCGGCGAUGUAGGCAAGUAAGUAAGGCUUUGGAAGUGGUACGUCGUCGCCUCUAGUUUCCAUUCUCACUGCCACCAGAGAGGCGCGCAACCAUUGGCGCGCCAUCGAUCAUGGAAACGUGGGGCCGCCCUGCUUGUCUUCGGCUCCAGCGCGGCUCUUUGCCGCUCCUCGUCAUGUCGCUGACUCGCUUGGCGCCCCGCGCUCUUCCAGCGCCAUAAGCACCGCCAUCGCCGUGGCCGCGUCUUGCGACAAUGGGACGGACGCAACUAGCGCGAUGCGCGCGUGCCGCAUCGUAUCAGCCACACUGGCAGGGGCCAGCGUGGCUGCGCCGGGUCGGCUUCAUUAAAUCAGACCGCGUGUGUAAAGGGUUAUUCUCGGGCCGUCUAGAGAGGGGCCGCCCUCGGUUUUCGGAAGGGCUGGCACACCCGGUGUAUGCGGAAGCGGCCACGCCCGCCGCUAGGGUGCAUUCGAGUUUCGUGAUAGAUUUUGCCGUGGCGUUUCUUGAGUGGUAUGGCCACGGCGCGCCUAGGAUUUGACUCAGGCGUGCCAUUGUAGUGUCCUUUUUUGAAUUUGCUUCUACCUCUAUCGUGAAAAAAUUUUAGGUGCACAAAGACGGAAAUUUCGUAGGCGAGCUUGACUUCUAUGCGUGGCUGCGCGAAAAACGUGGAGGUGGAGGCACGUUUAUGACUUGUCAAAAAAUGAUAUAG